GGCGAGGGGGGAUGUGUUGGCUUGGUUUAAGCGGGAGAGAACCAAGAGGAGGUUUUUGAGCUUUUUGGUGAAGAAGGGGAAGAGGGUGGUGAGGAGUACUGCGGCGUACGUGGAACAAGCUUGGGAUGAUAUGGACUCGGUUGUCUUGCCGCAUGAGGAUGAAUAGGGUUUGAAGUCCUCUGGGGAACAACAACUACCCAUGGUUGCUUGCCGGUGAGCGCGAGGAAAACACGGUGGGUGGUGAUUGGUGAGGCACAGGGGGGAAGUUGUGAAGCGCUUCAAAAGGUUCCAUGGCGGGGAUAUGCUUUUCUUGUUUUUUUUGUUUUUCUCUCAUUCUUCUGUUCCAGAUGUUUUGCUUCACGGCACUCUUGGUUUGCGUGGCCUCGAUCCAUAGAUCGGCCGAUCGUGGUUUUACUGCAUUUCCUGACUUUCCUGGUUUUCUUCUGCUGGCGUUGUGCUGGUCGGUAUGGAGUUUGGGAGUUUAUGUUUUUCGUAUUGUUAGUUUUUUCUGUUUCCUCUUUCAUCCUUGCAUUUACUACCGGGCCUCUUUAAGUUCUUAGCGCCGGGAUAAAGUGGUGGGAUAUAUACACAGCGUCAAGGGGGUUGGUGGUGGUGGUGGUGGUGGUUGGUUUACUGCUUGCUUCAGUUGCUUUCUUGUUCCGGGCGUUGUUGGUAUGGUGGGUGGAAAGACUGAAUUUGAAAAUUUUUCGUUCUAUGGAGAGAGGGAAGACUGGAGUGCUUCAUUAUUCAGGUAGCCAAGCGAAAGUAGUGCAAGAUAAUUGAUAGAGAUGGUUUACAUUAAGAUGUGCGCGUUGACUUGGUGAUAUGAACAUACCUCUGUUG